AUGACAUCCAAGGACGGUUAUUCAUGGACAGAGGCUCAAGGCCUUCGGGCCGGAGUCCCCUCGAUUGGAGUUAUCGAGCCGCCUACAAAUGUUAAGAGCGGCGACACGGUCUACGAUGUGAUUGUCGUGGGUGCGGGCUACUGCGGUCUAACAGCCGCUCGAGAUGCCAGUCUAGCAGGUCUGAAGGUGCUGUUGCUCGAAGCCCGCGAUAGAAUCGGUGGUCGGUCGUGGUCCUCCAACAUCGAGGGCUACCCAUAUGAGAUGGGUGGAACUUGGGUCUUCUGGGGACAGGCCAACGUGUGGCGCGAAAUUGCAAGAUACGGCAUGCAGGACGAGUUGGAGAUCUCCUACGACUUUUCCAAAGGCAUCAACAAGUAUUUACUGUCAAGCCCACAAGGCGUCCAAACGUUUACCCACGAAGAAGAGGAUGCAUUGAUGCAAUCUGCACUCGCGAAACUUGUCAAUGUCGAUGGCUGCCUCGGUCGAACCGUCGUUCCAUUCCCUCACAGCGGCGUCCUCACCCCCGAGGCCCGGAAGUAUGACCACAUGUCCGUCGCCGACCGUCUCGCCGAAAUCAAGAAUGACCUCACACCCAACGAACGGCUGUGCGCAGAGGCCUUCGUGCUCCUCUGCAGCGGAGGCACCCUUGAGACGACGAGCUUCUAUGAGUUCCUCCACUGGUGGGCCCUGAGUGGCUACUCCUACGAAGGCUGCAUCGAUUACUUAGUCAAGUACAAGUUCCGCGGCGGCCAGUCAUCGUUUGCCAUCCGCUUCUUCCGUGAGGCUCUGGCUUCGGGUAACUUGACGUACGCUUUCAAUAGCCCGGUAUCCAAGAUCCAGCACGGAGGCGACGGCGUGCAGAUUACGACGCGUGUUGGCAAGACGUACAAAGCCGCCAAGAUGAUUUGCGCCAUCCCACUCAACGUCCUGAACGAUGUUGCCUUCGAUCCGCCUCUGGCACCAGGACGGAAAGCAGCAGCCACCACCGGCCACGUGAAUCAGUGUGUCAAGGUCCAUGCCGAGAUCAGUGACAAGGACCUCCGCUCUUUUACGGGUAUCAGCUAUCCACACAACGGGCUUCUCUAUGGCUUCGGAGACGGAACAACGCCGGCGGGUAAUACACAUGUGGUGGCCUUUGGUGGACAGCAUAACCACUUUCAUCCGGAGGAGAACCUUGAGCAUACAAAGGCGGCACUCCAGGGGUUCGCGCCAAUGAACAUCCAGAGACUGGUCUUCCACAACUGGUCGAAAGACGAGUUCGCCAAAGGAGCAUGGUUCUUUCCGGCUCCUGGUUUGCUAGCUACACAUCUGAAGGACAUGAGAGCAAGAGAGCGCAAUAUCGUCUUCGCGUGUUCUGACUGGGCGCUAGGUUGGCGAAGCUUCAUCGACGGCGCCAUCGAGGAGGGAACACGCGCAGCGAUUACUGUGCGAGGUGACUUCGCAGGCCGGGCCAAGUUGUAA